AUGUCAGAAUCGAACUUAUCAAAAAGUGAUUUAGAGGAAAUUUGUCAUAGCCUAGGUUUGCCUUCGGAAGGGGUUAAAGCAGACUUGAUAUACAGGCUAAGGUCUCAUUCAAAUAUAUUAACAGAAAAUUCAAAUAUAUCUGUUAGAGACAAAGCUUGUGCAGAAGAUAUAAAUUUGAUUAUUGGUCAAUAUUUGGCUGAAAUGGGAACAGCGGGAGAACUAUCGUUAAAUACUUUUCGUGAUUCAGUAGAUCAACAGGAACCAACAGAUCCUAUACUAACACAAGGAAUAAGUGAUCAGUCAUCUAAGAACACUGUGAAGCAAAACAAGCAGCGACUACAAGAGGACAUUAACAAUAAUCAGGGUGAUUCCCUUGAGAAGCUAUUGGUUUCAGAAUUUAAAAAUUUGAGAGGCGUGAUAGCGGAUUUUGACUUUAAGUUGAAUUCUGUGGCAGCCCAAGUGAAUAAGGUGAAAAUAAAUGAGUCUUUUCCAAGUCAUAAAUUUGAUAAGGCGCGAGAUCAACAUAAAUAUGAUGCAUUGUGUGCAAUUAGGAAGGAGUUGGAUUUAGUGUUAGAUUUGCAAGAUACAACGAACAUUUUAAAUCACAUGACUAGCGCACAAGAGUUUGUGGCAGAUAGAUUGGUUACUUUACGGGUAGCAGAGGGUUUUGGUUGGGAUGUGGCGGCAGCUUUGCCAAAUACACAAGAUAAAUUGUUGAAGGUUCAGAAGAAGGAACUUCACACUCUUACUGGAGAGGCAAUCAACGCAGUCAGGAUCAAAAUAUGUUGGCCUCAAAAUAUCAAACAAGCUCAGGGCAGUUUUUUUGGUCAGGGUUCAACAAUCGUAAUUGGGGAUUUAGUACAAGGAACAGGUGUUACACCUGUGGUGGCGCAGAACAUUAUGCAAACGCAUGUCUAUCCAACCCUGGUCAAAGCUCAGGUCAAGAAAGAGGGUUUGGAUUUAAGUCAAGAGGUUAUACAACGUAUAGAAAUAGGUGUUAGAUCUUCUAUCGGCAAGGAGUUGUUUCUUACCGAACUCGGGAAGCAACUUAAUACCAGAGCCUUGGAAAAACCAGCAAUGGAGAUUUCAGGCAGUAAAAAUUUGUUUUUGAAAACUCUGCUUGAAAAGGCUUAUGGUGCUAUAGAACCCAGAUCGGUGUAUGGUAAACGACUUAUAGCGCUAUGGAAUGAAUUCGUUGCCUUCUGUAACUGCCACAAGUUAAAUCCGUGCCCAGCCCACUCUGAAACAGUUAUGAUGUUUCUUACUUGGUUAGAUCUAUCAGCAAAAGCACCGAAACUUCGUUGGUAUAUAAUGGCAAUAGGUUACUAUCAUCAUAAAUUGGAAGUUCUGGACCCGACUCAGAAAUUUAAUGUCAACGUCUUGUCAGAAAUCUAUUGA